GACUAAUACUUCUAUGGCGUCGUCAUCUACUUUUCUCCUCUCCCCUCCCCUCCGCACCCCGUAUUUCUUCCUUCUUUUCCUAUAAAUUUUAAUCUCCUCCGCCUCUCUUAUCUGCUCAGCGAUCCCUUUAUCUCUCAAAUUCCUUUUUUUUUUCCAUCGAUCGAACUCGAGCGUUGAGGCAAAUCUCUUCGCUUUGGCGUUUUUCGCAAGUACCUGGGCUGGUGGGUCCGUCUCCUCUUUUGAAUGAUUUCGUCCGGUAUGGAAGGCUUUCUUGAUCUUUUUGCGGGAUCUUAGCUGGAAUUUCUGAUGAUAACUCGCUGGGCUUCGUCGUAUUUGUAUCUUGAAUCAUCUGCUAUUCACUCCGAAGCAUUGAUGACUUAUCUUGGAUUUCUUUUGUGGAAUUUUGAAAGCUUGUCAUAUCUGAAGAAAUUUCCAGUUCAUUUAAUAGAUGUAGUUCAUCUGGACAUGAAUGGUGUAGUUGACUGAAGAAGCCUGGGCUAGGAAAGAUGGGCUGCUUCACUGUAUUGAGAUGUAAGAAGGGAAAGAAACAAGAGCAGGUUGUCAACCAGAAACCUAACACUAUCAAAGAGUAUACUUCUACUGCACUUCCUGAGCCAGAAACCCAUGGACUAUCUCUGCGUCCAAGUUUCAGAACUAUGUCGAAGCCCAUAUAUCCAGUCAACAGAGUUACUGGUAGUAGACACCGAGCUUUGUCUGCACCUUCUAGACUGGAUGUGGCUGAGGGAGUUGCUCUCUCAUCAAUGGAAUUUGAUGAUCAUGGAGAAUCUAAGAUUAAUGGCGGUUUACAGCGGUCUGCAAAUCCCCUGCCUCUCCCUCUUCCUUCACCAGAAGGUUCUUCUGUUCUAAGAAGCCUGGGAAGUUUCAAGUCGAGCAAUGCCAGCAACCUUACCUUAACUUCUGGCCCUCUGCCUCUGCCACCACUGGCAAUGGGACUGCGGAACUUCUCAUUUGAAGAGAUUUCAGCUGCUUGUCAGCAUUUCUUGGUUGAUCGAUGUGUAUCAGAAGGCAUCUCCUCGACAGUCUACAAGGCAACGUUUGGAGAUGAUACCUCGAGUUGCAAGAAACUUGAAGCCACAGUCAGUUGCCUCCUUCCUUCCAGUCAGGGUUUAAAAGAAUUCAUGAAUGAAGUUAACAGAUUAGCAUCACUACAACAUGCUCAACUGUGUAGAAUCCUUGGUUUCUGUGCACAUGAGGGCUCUGAUGAGCGCAUGUUAGUUUAUGAGAGGCUCUAUCAUGGAAGCUUGGAUCAACUACUUUAUGCGAGAUGUGAUGGGCCUUUGAUUGACUGGUGUGCAAGGAUAAAAGUGGCUCUCUGUGCUGCACAAGGUCUUGCAUUUCUGCAUGAAGAAGGGCCUUUCCAGGCCAUGUACAAUGAGUUCUCAACUGCAAAUAUACAAAUUGACAAAGAUUAUAGUGCGAAGUUAUCAGGUUAUGGCUGUGCGAGCUACAAUCCAGAAACAGAGAUCUCAAAUACCUGUGCAGUAAAAGCUGCUGUUGCAAAUCUUCCUGAGGAAACAUUGGAGAGAGGGUUGCUUACUCCUAAGAGCAACGUAUGGAGUUUUGGUAUCGUUCUUCUUGAACUACUUACUGGUAGGAAGAACAAUGAUUCCCGCCGUGUGAAGGAAGAGCGCAACAUUGUCAAAUGGAGCAGGCCUUAUCUCGCUGAUGAUUGUCGUCUAUCCCUUAUCAUGGAUCCUCACCUCAAAGGGCGGUUCCCUCCCAAGGCUGCCCGAGCUGUUGCUGAUAUUGCUUUAAAAUGCCUCCAGAAAGAUCCUUCAGAAAGGCCUACGAUGAGGACCAUUGUGGAAUGCCUUAAAAAUGUGCAAGAGAUGAAGUACCCUUGCCGCUUCCCUCUUCAAGAACCAGCAGCUGUUGCAGGAAAACAGAUGUUGAGAUCCCCAAGUCUUAGUGGUAUAAUAACUCCAUCACCCUGGUUGACAUUUUCACCUUCACCACCUUCAACGACCCAAUCAUCAUUUUCACCAUCUAGGCCUUCAAUCACCUUACCUCUUCCUCGAAGUUGUGCUUCCAGCCUUUCAGUAGAAGAUGCUAGGUUACACACUCUCAAGAAAUUGCCAUCAUUGCGAAGACCUGGGGUGGAAGGGUUUUAGUUGAUGAUACUUCUUUUUUUAUUGUUUAUUAUUAUUUUAGUCCAUGCUUUUGCGCCUCUGUAUUAUAGUUUGGUGUAAUAUAGAGUUUGAGUUGUGAUUACUCCGUCUGCCAUCCACCAUGCAGGGACCUUGGGGUAUCAGGAAGCUGUUGGUUGAAAGUUUGUAGAUUAGAGUGCAAGUCUUGUAUUUUGGAAUCACCAGUUAUCUGACAGUGAAAAUGUAAUUUUACUUGGUCGUUGUUCAGCAGCUCCAUUUUAAAGAUAACUAAGCUUGCUUGAUUCCCUGCACUGAAGUACCUGUGCAG